AGGUCCUUGCUUCUGAGGCUAAAAUCGACAUUCAGUCAAGUUUGUCGGGCGGCUUAGUCCAGUCGGAGGAAAUUACUCGGUGUCUAUGGUGUAAAUUUCACAGCAGGAAAACUGAACACAACGAAAAAGGAAAUAAUCAUCGAAGAAAACGUCCUUGUCACAUCAUAAGCAAAUAAGCCAAGGACAUGGUUUCGCUUUAUUAAUAAAAUACAAAUACCAAAGACGGUCGCCGAACAACGAAUAGCCUCCAAGGAACUAGACAGAAGAGAUGGAAGCAAAUUUGGAGAACGGUCAGAUGACGACCGCCUCGACAAGCAAAUCGCACUCCUUGCGUCAGGCAACAUCCCGUCGGCGGCAAAACGACAGUGAGGUGGCCGGAGGAGUGGGAAUCACCGGUGGCGGAGUCGUCAUUUUGCCGCAGCACGUGCUCAACGAACUCUACCACAACUACUCCCUCAAACAACGCCGCAGUGGAUUGAAGUGGUUUGUCUUUGCCGCCGUGUUGUUUAACAUAUGGACCAUCGGGAUACCCUGGGAUCAGGCGGCACCUACGAGAGUGGUCAACUGUUGUAUGCUGGUUGCUUACUUGGCAUUGAUAUCGCUCCUUCACAUUGGACGACGUUCUGAUCGACCGGCACUAAGGCGCUUCCACCACAUACUCCUGAUUAUUGUACCACGGGCACUGUGGCUAUUAAGCAUUGUACAUUUUACCGUCUAUGUUAUUCUGCAACCUAGUUUUUCUCCAAGGGACCUUCUUGGCUGGGCCAUCCUUUUAAACUUCUUGGUUUAUGUGACGCUGCCAUUACAGCUGAUUUUCCUUGGUCUGUCGAUUGGAUGUAUCACAUAUUUUAUUUGUCUUAGUCUGCCUCUUGGUUAUUCUCACUGGGACUCGCUGCUCUCAAACCAGUUAGCGGCUAAUGCGAUUUUAAUAGCCACGGCAGCGCUGAUAGGCCUUUUGUACUACUUUAUGGGUGAGGCGAAACAGAAACGAGCCUUCCUCGAAGCCAAAAAGAGCCUUGAAGUAAAAAUGGUCAUAGAGGAACAGUCGGCCGAGCAGGAGCGCCUGCUCUUAUCUGUGCUGCCCAAGCACGUGGCUAUCAAGAUGCGAGAAGAUUUGGGAUCAUCCAGUUCCGAGGCUUUUAAAAAAAUCUACAUGAGUCGGCACGAGAAUGUAAGCAUUCUAUAUGCGGAUAUUGUUGGUUUUACCGCCAUCUCCUCCACGUAUAGUGCCCAAGAUUUGGUAAAAAUGCUUAACGAGCUCUUUGCUCGUUUCGAUAGGCUUGCCGAGAAAUAUCAACAAUUGCGCAUUAAGAUUCUUGGUGAUUGCUAUUAUUGCAUUAGCGGUGCCCCUGAUGAGCGUCCAGAUCACGCCGUCAUGUGCGUGCACAUGGGACUCUCCAUGGUGAAGGCCAUUAAGUAUGUGCAGCAGAAGGCCAACUCACCUGUUGAUAUGCGAGUGGGCAUUCACACUGGAGCCGUUCUUGCCGGUAUUCUCGGCCAGCGGCAGUGGCAGUUUGACGUUUACUCAAAGGACGUAGAGCUGGCUAAUAAAAUGGAAUCGAGCGGAAAGGCAGGUCGCGUUCACAUUUCGGACAAAACGCUUGCAUUUCUAAACGGCGAGUUCGAAGUAGAACCCGCCUUUGGGGAGAAACGGGAGGAGCUGUUGCGUAUUGCUGGAUUAAAGACGUAUUUUAUUACCAAAGUAGUUAAGGCGUUUGCAUCUCCAUGUGCCAAAAAAAUAAAUGAAACCCAGGACCAAAUCUCACACCCCAGUACUAAUGAAUCGACAAACGAUAUUAUAUCAGAUGAAGAUGACAACGUUGCCACAAUGGACCACGAAGAGCUCCUGGCGCAGAAUUCUUUAUCCAAUGGACACCAAAUAGUGACUACACUGACUGCAGAUGAAGAGGAGCAGGUAAAAUUGGAGAACUUCAAACAACGAUUGAAAGAUGAACUGGUAACUCGCGACGGACAUGAAAACCUAACCAAGGACACUAACAUAUUUUUGCGCUUUAAAAACCCGCAACUGGAGCAAUUGUAUGCCGUAUAUAGAGAACCGUAUAGUUCACUUCCGCUUCUUGCCGCUCUUCUGGUGCAGUGCAUUGAUGUGUUAUACUCAUACUUGGUUCUGCCGAGAUCUACUCUCCACUUUAUCAACAUAGCAGCGCCGUUGGUACCGAUCGCCAUGCUGGUAGUGAUCAGCCUUGCAGAGAGCUUUAGCGGCAUGCUGCCCAAGUUUUUUGUAGACGUGAGCAAGCGCUUCAAUGACAUAACCUUUGUUCGCGAGCUGGCCGCCAUAAUUAUUGCACUCACAAUUGGCUUCAGUAACGUUAUCGACAUGUUCUUUUUCGUCACUUUCGUGCGUACCGAGCAUAUUGUGAGUGAAAGCGAGUUUAAUGUAACGGCCAGCCAAGAUAGAGAUAUAAACGUGGAGAUGGAGGGGAUUAUCACAGCAGAGCACUUACUUCCUGCAUCGUUUGUGGAACAAAUGCGCGACGCUGUGCCCCCGGAACGAGUUCUAUAUCCGUCCUACUUAAGUAACUUUGGAGUACUUAUAUUAAUUGCGAUCGCCGUGAUUGCCCAACUUACUCAUCUUACAAAGAUUUUGCUGCUAUUGUCCAUUGCAGCUUUGCAUUGCUAUUUCAAUAUAUUCAUCAUGCAGGAUCUUUAUGCUCUAGAGGAUGAUUUCGAAAAUCAACCUAUUAUAUCUACGCGAUAUGCCGCUUCAGGACUUCUGCUAGUGGCUGCUCUGGCGUUAAGCACCUUGGCAAGACACAUGGACCAUGAGGAUAGGGUAAUUUUCAAAUGGAAAACCGAGGUCGCCGAGCAAAAGGAGACUGCAAACGACAUGCGGCAGCGAAACGAGGCUUUGGUCUACAAUGUCUUACCCGUCCAUGUGGCAGAGCACUUCAUGAAGAACACAAAACGCUCUCAUGAUGAUCUUUAUUCCCAGAGCUAUGCUGAGGUGGGCGUAUUAUUCGCCAGCAUGCCAAACUUUUCUGAUUUCUAUUCCGAAGAAACAGUAAACAACCAGGGUUUGGAGUGUUUACGUUUUCUCAAUGAGGUUAUCUCAGAUUUUGAUGCUUUGUUAGAGCUGCCCCAAUUCCAAGACAUCAUCAAAAUAAAAACUAUUGGUUCCACAUAUAUGGCUGCAAGUGGGAUAAAUCAGCAGAGGACUCUCAGAAAUGACGCCCCCAUUACAGAAAGGUGGUCUCACCUAGCGAUUUUGGUAGAGUUUGCAUUGGAACUGAAACACGCCUUGCAUGGCAUCAACGAGCAGUCGUUCAAUCACUUCGUUCUCAAGAUGGGGAUCAAUCAUGGACCGAUCACGGCUGGCGUUAUUGGCGCACGUAAACCUCAUUACGACAUCUGGGGUAAUACAGUGAAUGUGGCAUCGCGAAUGGAGAGCACAGGAAAGGCGGGCGCCAUUCAGGUCACAGAGGAUACCUGCAAUAUUUUACAGCCCUUUGGUUACAAAUUCCUUCAGCGUGGUCUGGUAGCUGUCAAAGGAAAGGGACAGUUGAUGACAUUUUAUCUGCAGGGUAAGUCCCAGACGAGUGCUGAACCGGUGCCCCCGGGCGCAGUUCAGCUUAAUGGGCAAGAUUCUUUUGCUCCAGAAUCCACAAGUGAACUGGAGGUCUCAGACAUUAAGAUGCCCCUGCUGAAGAUGAAUGUGCCAGAGCAAUCGGUGGGAAUCAACCAAGAUCAGAGCUUCAGAAAGGACAGUGAUGGCCAAGAGAGGCUGGGGGAAUUUCAGUCUUUGCUAGAAUAAUUAGCUUGUAAUUUUAAUGAACAUGAUUCUGUAUAAACGUGUAACCAGAGUGAUGUAUGUAUGGUCGUGUUAAACAACAAACGUUACCUAUUUUAAAGAAAUUAUUUUUUCAAUAAAUUUGCUUCUGCCUCAGUAUUCGUGUGAUAUUCCAUACCAGAUGAUUAAAAAAAUAAUAAACAAAAUUCGAAAUUUGUUAAAAUAAUAUAUUUGCUUUCCAAAAGUUGGCAAACUGUGUACCUAAGACAAGCAACAAAUUUCUAUCUGCUAAGUGUAUUUCAGUACGUCUAAGUAUUUUAAGUUUUUCUAAACCAUUAUUUUGUUAAAAAAAAGUGUAAUUUUUAAAUAUCUGUUAUAUUUAAGAGCUCCACUUCGCUUUGCAGCUAAGUGAUGUGUAAAUUUGCAUCUCAAUGUGUAAAAUAUAAAUAACCUCAUUAUAGUUAAUUCCUAUAUAAGUAUCAUUAUAUUUAUAGAAUAUAUUAGUUGAGUGUCCAAUCCCACCACAUACGACGAAAACACACGUGUCAGUCCAAAUUGAGAACAAAAUAUAAUAUAAUUAAUUAGUUACAUUAAUUAAAUAUAAAGAUGAAAUGGAAAUCAAACAAAAAAAAUAUUAUCCUUAGAGUACGUUCUUGGGCAACAUCAACUAACAUUAUACCUUCUUAAAUAUAGAAAUAUUUAAAUUAAAACGAACUUAUUAGCAUUGCAUGCUUGUUAAAACAUUUCAACGAAUUAGCAAAGCAACCACAAACGAACUUACUUAGUAAAAGUUACAAACCAAAGUUACAAGGAUCUUGAUCUAAUCUCUUAUGACUGCAUUUCUCCAUCAGGUUUUUGAACUCCAUUAUCUAAGAUAUUCUUUGAUAGCUUGAGGCAAGACAAUCAAGAUAAAAUACCACCAUGAAAUGAUUGGCUUAGCUCGAAAUUCCACUGGUUAAAAAACACUAUUUUUUUACCCGUUUCAAAAACAUACUAUUUUAAUGGUUUAGUAUAUUGUGGCGUUGCAUUGUGUUGCUUUUUUCAUCAAACUUUAAAAUUAAAUAUGGUUUUGUUUUAUUAAUGAAUAAUAAACUCUAAUAUUACCGAAUUAAAACUUACCGAAACGAAUAGCAAAUUAUAGCGAAAUAAAUAAAAUUAUUUAAGCCAAA